AUGAAUUUUUCUGCGUUUCCUGCCAGCACUUUAAGGAAAGGAGUUCAUAGGCAAAGAACUAUCGAACAGACAAAAGAAAAUAGUGGAAUAACCAAAUUUUUUUUAAAAGAUUUAAUAAAAGAAUCCCUUCUUGAAAAUGAUGACAUUUCAGAGGGAAAUAAAACAAAGAAUACCGAAAAAAAAUUUAAUGAGCAUGACAAACAUCAAUCAUUUAAUGUAUCAUAUACAUGGGAAACUGAUGCAAUAAGUGGGCUAAAAUUUAUUAACGUUUUAAAUAAGCAAGAUAAAAAAAAACUUGGAUUUCAAUGCAUUUAUUGCAGAGAUAAACAACUUUUUAAAAAGAAAAGCAGUGUCCUAUAUCACAUGGUUACAUUUAAUCAUGGUUUAAAAUCAAGUAUUGUAGAAGAUUUAAAGUUUAAUGAGAGAAAUCCGUAUGAAAGACUAAACUUUAUUAACAAUUUAAAUGUGGAAAAAGGGAUUGAAAGUGUAAGAGAAAAGAGAAUAGAAAAUGAAAGAAAAGAAGAAACCGAAAUUUCAAAAAACAAUUUCAAUGAUUACAAGGUUAUUAAACUUGAAAUAGAAUUUGUUUCUACUUUGAAUUUAUUAACAUAUGAAGAGCUAGUAUCAUUAUAUGUAUACUUUUUUCCUGAAAAAUUAUUUUCAAUUAAUGAGCAUGUAAAUAAAGAAAGUAUUAUUGAAAAUUUUUUAUUGAGUAUAAAUUUGAUUUCAAAAAAAUAUUCCAAGACAAUUAAAGAUGCAUAUAGCCAAUCAGUUAUUACUAAAGAUGAAAAUUAUAUCUCAGUAAAUGAAUAUUUGAAAGAAUUAAAAUAUUCUUUAGAAGUAGAUAAGGAUUUAGGAUGCGAAGAUGAGUUAGCAAAUGAGAUAACUAAUAAUGAUAUGAGCAUCGAAAAUCAAAUUUCUGAAAAUGUAGUAAAUGGAAAUAAAGAAAAUAAAAAAGAAGACGUAGAAAUAAAUAAUUCAAAUGAUUCAAUAAACGAAGAUGCGAAAAUAAGUCAAAUAAAUGAAUUAGAAAAGAAGAAGGAGGGAGAAAACAUCCAAAAUGAAACUAAUGAACAAACAGAAAAAAUAAAAAACAAAUUAGAAACAGAAAUAUUUGAUUCAAAGAAUCGUAUAUUAAUAAAUAUAAAUGAUUAUAAUAUUUUUAAGCAUAAUGAUAAAUUGUUCAUCAACUUAUCCGAACAUAAUAAAACAAAUGACAACGGAAAUGGUGACAAUAAAAAUAAAUGUUUAAUGAUUAAUAGUGAGGACAAUAACAAACCCGACGAAAAUCAGAAUCAAUUAAAUAGAAGCAAUAAAUUAAAUGAAAUUGUUUCAUUUGUGAAUACAAACAAUUAUGAACAAAAUAUACGCAUCGAUGAAACACAGAAAAACAUGCUUAGUAUUUUAUUGAACACUACAAAAAAAACUAGAAAAUAUACAAGAGUAAAUAAUGUAAAUAAAAAUAACAUGACUAAUAUUCGUAAAAAACCACGAACAAAUGAAAACAAGAUUAGUUUAACAAAUUUAAAAUUAAAAGAACAAAUAAAUCAAGGGUAUCUCAACAAGGAAACUUUACUCCUUGCCUUGUUGGAGGACAGAAUGGAACAUGGGAAUAACCGAAGUGUAAUCGAUAAAAGUGAAGGUAAACAAAUUGUGGAUACAAUAGCAGAACAGAAAGAAGAUGAAAAAAACGUUACCACAAAAAAUUUGUCACAAACUAUAGUAAAUUUAAUAAAGGGAAAUGCAAAUAGUGAAAAUAAAGAUAUAUAUUCUAAAAAUCAAAAUGAUAAUAUAGAAUAUAAUAAUAAAAAUAAUUGUAUAGAAAGUGCCACCAAUGACUUGCAUAGUUCCUUAAUUGUAUCGGAUAUGAAAACCUUAGAUGAUGAUAAUAAUAAAUACAAUAUUAGUUAUGAUAAAGAACAUAUAGAAAAUACUCCUAUUGAAAAACCUGUUUGUGCAGAUAAAGGAAAUAUAGAAAAUACUUCUAUUGAACAACCUGUUUGUGCAGAUAAAGGAAAUAUAGAAAAUACUUCUAUUGAAAAACCUGUUUGUACAGAUAAAGGAAAUAGUGAUGUCAUAGUGAGAAGUAAUACCGGCAAAAGUAAACAAAACAUUGAUAAUACAACUGAAUUGGAAAAACAGCACAGAAGAGAAGAAAAUGAAAUAAAAGAAAUAAAAAACACAUGCAACAAUUUGGAUAAUAGUAGUAUACAUGAAGAAAUACAAAACGUUAAGAUUCAUACUGAAAAAAAUGUUGCAGUAGAAGAUGAAAAAAAUAAAUGCGAUAAUAAUGUUAAUAAUAUUAAGACUAGGAGAACUAAAAAUAUAAAUUUAAUAUGUACUAAUGAUGUAAACAAAAUUAAAAAGACAUAUAAAAUUAAUAAUAAGCAAAAAUUAAAACAAAUCAAAAUAAAACAAUCAUUUAAUAAAAAAAAAAAAAAUUCAAAGAACGAUUAUUGUGAAAUCGUUGUAGAUGAUAAUAAAGGUGCUGCAAUAAAUAAAAAGAAAGCAAAAGCGAAAGUAGAAGUGGGCGAAAAGAUAAAAACGUUCGCAAAAAAUAAUAAACGUGUUUAUAAAUCGGAUAAAAAACAUAUAAAUGCACCAAUUGGAAACGUGUGUAUUAAAAAAUCAAAAAAAAGAAAACCUGAAAACCUAUCUACUUUUUUAAAAAAAGAAGUUAAGGAGUUAUGUGGUUUGUCCAAUGAUAACAUAAUUAAACACGAGAAUAUUAAUUUUCUUUGCGCACGGUCCCAUAGAUUAUCUAGAUAUAUAAAGAAAUGA